AUGAAGGGUAAGGACCGAAACAGGACAAGCUUAAUAGCCAAAGCUACUCUGGAAUGUGGUUAUAAGGAAAUCUGCCCUAGGAAAGGACACCACUCAUUGACUCUGCAGAUAGAAUCAAAGUGGGACGGAUGUUUGAAUAUUGUGAUAAUACCCAGCGUAUCCUCCCAGAGAUCUUGGCCGCAAUGGAUGAUGAUCCUUAUUUUUCUUGUAGUGGUGGCCACUUUGGGAGUAACUAUUUGCCUCCUUGUUCAUUUUCUUGUAGUUGGAAAGAUGCACUAUUAUCAAGGUGACUUUCACCUUUCUGGAGUCACAUACAGUGACAGCUGUGACAAUGCUCCUUCACAAGCAAGCAAUGACCUGAGCAAAAACAUCGAGACUGAGAUGCUAAGUGCAUUUCAAAAUUCUAGUAUAUAUAAAGAAUAUGUCAACUCCUGGGUCAUCCAACUUCUGCCGCAUCCGAAUGGGUCCAGGGUGCAGCUCCAGCGGGUUUCCUCCAGGAAAGAGGCGCGCGUGCCGACUCGCAUCAGAGGCGCCCUGCACCGGGUGCUGACGCAGAGCCGGCGCGCUGGAGCGCAGGUCCCGCUUCGGUUACAGAAUUUUGUGUCAUCUUUUAACCUUUCUGAAUAUUUUGUUGAAGUUCCAAGCAGUGAAAUGCUGGUCAUAAUCAGACUGGCAAAGGUCACGCUUAUGCACCCAAAAAUUAGCAAGGCUAAUUCUGAAAUGCUUGUCAACAACUGUUGUGGGAGACAGCUGGCCCACAGAGUCACUACUGGCAACCGAGUUGUGAAUGGGAAACAUGCUCGGCAAGGGGUGUGGCCAUGGCAGGCCAGACUGAGAUGGAGAGGCCAACAUGACUGCGGCUCCCUCCUCAGCAGCAGAUGGCUGUUGUCUGCAGCCCACUGUUUUUAUGAGAUCUUGAUUGAUAAGAUUUCAAUGUAUUUAAAUAAAAUUGUGUUCUCCAGGAGAAAUAAUUCAGAUGAAUGGGCUGUCAACUUUGGAAUUGCUGUAAAUCAACCAAUUAUGACAAUAAAAGUAAAAAACAUAAUUUUUCAUGAAAAUUAUCAUAGUCCUGGGGUUCAUGAUGACAUCGACCUUGUGCAGCUGGCUAAAGAAAUAUCUUUUACAAAGUAUAUCUGCAGAAUUUGUCUUCCUGAAGCCAAAAUGAAACUUUCUGAAAAUGACAGUGUCAUAGUUACAGGAUGGGGAAAACUUUAUUUGGAUGGUCCUUCUCCAGUGAUGCUUCAAGAAGCUUUUUUGAAGAUUAUUGACAACAAAAAUUGCAACGCCCCACAUGCAUUGUCUGGUUUGGUGACGGAUACGAUGCUCUGUGUAGGAUACAUGUCAGGAGAAGCUGAUGCCUGUCAGAAUGACUCAGAUGGACCACUAGCUUAUCCUGACUCCAGAGAUAUCUGGCAUCUUGUUGGAAUUGUCAGCUGGGGUGAAGGAUGCGGUCUAAAGAAUAAGCCAGGUGUCUACACAAGAGUGACUUCUUACCAUGGUUGGAUUGCCGCCAAGACUGGCCUUUGA